AUGGAACCCACCGCAGCACUGCCCCGCUCCUUCAGCAACCACCUCUGCCCAACGCUCCACCUCGACGGCAGCCAAGACGAUAAUGUUCUCCCCUUCAUCGCGCGCAUGCUCAUGGAGGACGACGCCGUCGAUGAGUUCUUGUACCAGCAGUACCCUGACCACAAUCCCGCCCUCCUCCAGACCCAGCAGCUAUUCGCCCAGGUCCUUUUCGACACCUCCUCCACCAGCGCCCUCGCCGCCGUGCAGGCCGGCGCCCAAGGCAACGACCUCCAGGAUCCACCCUCCUUGAACAGCACAGCCAUGGGUGCCGUGGAGCCGGCCAACACCUUGUCGCCAGCGGAGGGCAGCAACUGCUUCAAGGACGCGGUGAGCAUGGCGUUCUUAAGAGGCAUGGAAGAGGCCAACAAAUUCUUGCCCGGCGCCGGCGGCGGCUAUACGGCGGAUUUCAGGGGCAGGAAGAAGAGGCUUGACGUCGACGGAGAUGACGAGCAGGUGGAGGGAAGGAGCAGCAAGCAAAUGGCAGCUGACGGUGAUGAGGAGUCGGAGGAAGCCGCCGUGCGAGAGAUGCUAGACAAGCUGAUGCUCAACGGCGACGACGAACCCAUCCUCGCCGACGACAUGCAGGAGCUGCGUGCUGCCAUGGACAUGGCGAAGACGCCGCCGCCGCCAGGGAGGCCGGCCGGCACCAGGGCGGAUCAGGUUCAGCAGCAGCAGGCGGUGGACGUGGACCUCCACUCCAUGCUCAUCCGCUGCGCGGACGCCGUGGCCAACAACGACCGCCGCACCGCGUCCGAUCUUCUACAGCGGAUCAGGCGCCACUCCUCGCCGAGUGGGGACGCCACGAAGCGGCUGGCGCACUACUUGGCCGAGGCGCUGGAGGUCCGGCUGAACGGCACGGGGAGCCUGCAGUACCGGCCGUCGUCGGUAAUGGCGAAAAACGCCUCCUCCGCGGGCGUCCAGCUCAAGGCGCAGCAGUUCUUCAUGGCCUCGUGCUGCUUUCUCCCGGUGAACAUCCUCUUCUCCAACAAGACCAUCUACAACGCUGCCGCGGGGAGGAAGAAGCUGCACAUCGUGCACUACGGUCUGGACCACGGGCUCCAGUGGGCGACCCUGCUCCGGUGGCUCGCGCGCAGGGAGGGCGGGCCACCGGAGGUGCGGCUCACCGGCAUCGACGUCCCACAGCCCGGGUUCCGUCCAGCGCGGCUCAUCGAGGAGGCGGGGCGCCGGCUCACCACCUGCGCGCGGCAGCUCGGCGUGCCGUUCAGGUUCCGCGGCAUCGCGGCGAGAUCGGAGGCGGUCCGCGCGGGCGACCUGGGCAUCGACGACCCCGACGAGGUGCUCGUCGUCAGCAGCCUGUUCCAUUUCAGGACGCUGACGGACGAGGGCACGGUGGCCGCUGACGGCGGCGAGGCAGGCGCGGACCCCAUCGGCGCGGUGCUCGGCGCCAUCAGGGAGAUGAAGCCGUCCGUGUUCGUCCACGCGGUCCUCAACGCGUCGUACAGCACCGCCUUCUUCGCGACGCGGUUCCGGGAGGCGCUCUACAACUUCACGGCGCUGUUCGACAUGAUGGACACCAUCUUGCCCCGGGACAACGGCAGGAGGCUGCUGUUCGAGCGGGACGUCCUCGCGCGGAGCGCCGUGAACGUCAUAGCCUGCGAGGGCGCGGACCGGGUGCAGCACCCUCGGAGCUACAAGCAGUGGCAGGCGAGGAGCCGCCGGGCAGGGCUGCGGCAGCUGCCGUUGGAUUGUGACAUUGUUCAGAUGCUCAAAGACAAGGUGAAGAGGGGAUACCACGAGAAUUUCGUGAUCACUGAGGAUCAGCAGUGGCUUCUCCAGGCAUGGAAAGGGAGGGUGCUCUACGCCAUUUCCACGUGGACGGCAGGGAAUGAAUUGGCAGGGACUUAA